UUCGGCCUUUUGUUUUGAUUCUUAUCACGCUGCGAAACAGACAGCCGAAACGGACAGUGCAAUGAAAAUUGAAGUAAAAACAAAAUGAAAAAGCUGAGAAUGCGCGCGCAAUCAACAACUGAGCGAAUGAGCAAAGGAAGAGAGAAAGAGAGCGAGCGAAUUCACCGGUUUUUAUGCUGGCGGCUGCUUGGGGCGAAAGCUCCCAAAGCAGCGCAGCGCAGCGCAGCAACGACGGCGUCGUCGUCGUCGACAGCGGCAGCAUUUAGUUGUGAGCAAGACUUUGCACUGUUCGGACGUCGUUCGCCGCACGCCCACGCUACGCCGACGCCGACGCAACACGCGACAACUAGAAGCAACAACAGCAACAAUAACACGAGCUAUAAGCAACAAUUGUAAUGCCAAUAAGAAACAUCAAUUGAUUGGAAUAGAACGCCCGCCCAUUGCGUUGCCAAUCAGAUUCCCUUUGAGCGAUACCGUUACAUGAACUCGCGAUCGUCGCGCGCCUCGUUUAAAAUUAAUUAAUUAUUAAUAUGCACGCUAAAAGGUCAAUGCAAAUCACAUAUAUAAUUGAAUCGAAAUUAUAAAUAUAAAUUAUUAAAUCACAUUAAAUCAAAUAUUGUUGAUAACUGCAUGCGAAUUGCAUUCCAAUUGGAAAUAAAUCAAGGUGUUUAACGUGUUUUAUUUUCCGCCGGUAAAUGUGAAUGUCGCACAGGCAAACGGAUUUGAUGUAGACGCCGACUUGGACGCAGCUCUACACAUUGGAGCAGGCCCAAUCCCCAAUCCCGCCAACUUUGCAUUGGUAGCAAACAAUGUCACGACGCAAACAGUCGAAUCCAAAGCCGUUGAAUAAAGGUGAUUGUUCCGAUACCACAGAAGAGAUGACCGUCGACAGCAGAGGUUCCAAAUAUUUGCACACACACACGCACACGGGGUUGAGCGAGGAGAAAGAGCAGCAACAGCUGGAGGAGCUGCCCGAGGAGGAGCAGCUGGAGCAGCAAACUAGCAACGCCUCUGAGCAGCUGGAAGAGACCGACAUGGACCACGAAAUGGUCGAGGAGGAGCAGGCAGCGGCACAGGAGGCCAGUGCGCAACAGCAGGAGUUGGCUGACAGCUCGACGACUCCGCCGCGUAGUCCCACGCCUCCUGAGCUGGUGCCCAAACUGGAGCGUGCCGAUUCGCCAGCAACGCCGCCCUCUGUCGCUGUCACGCCCAGUCCGCCGCCAACACCUACGCCACCACUGGUGCUGCCCAAGCUGCGUCUCAAUGCGCUGCUUGCCUCCGAUCCGGCUCUGAAACCCGAUGCCAAGGAGCUGAAUCUCGAGCCACGCCUGCUCGGUCCGCCGCCACAGCUAGCCAAGCCCGAACAGCAGCAGCAGAGUUUGCCCGAUCCCAGCAGUCUGGUGGAGCCGCUGCUCAAGCCGGCGCGUUUCAUGUGCCUGCCCUGCGGCAUAGCCUUCAGCUCGCCCUCGACGCUGGAGGCGCACCAGGCCUACUACUGCUCGCAUCGCAACAAGGAUGCCGACGAAGAGUCAGCUGCCGUGGACAAGACCACAGCCGCAGCUGGCGUCGGUGGUGCCAAUCCGAAUGCCAACAGCAGCUCCAGUGGCGGCGGCUCCGGCUCGGAGCCACCCGCCAAGGUGGCGCGCACGGGCAAGCAGUACGCCUGCACGCAGUGCUCCUACAGCGCCGACAAGAAGGUCUCCCUCAACCGGCACAUGCGCAUGCAUCAGACCUCGCCUGCCGCGCCCACCCUGAACAGCCUUUCCGGGCUGGCGGCCAACGGUGUGGUUGCUGCCGCCGCCGCCGCGGCCGCUGCGGCCAGUGCGCUCGAGGAGAGCUCUAGUCAACAAAUCGAUCGCUACUGCAGCGACUGUGAUAUCCGCUUCAACAACAUCAAGACCUAUCGCGCCCACAAGCAGCACUACUGCAGCUCCCGGCGCAGCGAUGGCCAGCUGACGCCCAAGCCGGAGGCGAACGCUAGCAGCAACACCGGCGGCUCUGCAGCAGCAGCUGCGGCCGCAGGAGCUAAGCACAGUGGGGCCCACAGUCCGCAGACGCGCAACAAGACGCCGACUCCUGCAAUGGUCGCUGCUGCGGCGGCUGCGGCGGCCGCUGCUGCAGCUGCCGCCUCGCUGCAGGUGGCACCGCCGCAACCCUUCCUGGCACUGCCCACCAAUCCGAUCAUCAUAGUGCCCUGCUCGCUAAUACGCGCCGCCAGCCUCAUACCCGGCCCACUCACCACCUCCACGUCGGGCAUUGUCAAUCCGGAGUCCACAUGCUUCACCCUUGACAAUGGCGCCCUCAAGCCGCUGGCCACGGCGCUCAAUAUCAAUGCGCUAGCGGGCAAUGCCACGCCCACGCCCACAGGCACGCCCAUGCCCAGUGGCAAUCAGCUGAGCAUGCCCGCCCCGGAACCAGAGCGGCCCAGCGUCCCGGAGACGGAGCCCAAGACCAGUCCGCCGGAGCCCAAACGCAAGGAGGCCACUGGCAUGCGCGAUACCACGCCCCUUGACCUAUCCCUACGUCGCUCGCCCAUUUCACCGCUGCUGCAGCGCCAGCGCCUGAUGGAGGAGGCGCUGCUCGGCGCCGGCAAGGAGAACCUGGAGAGCAGCGGCCGAACCGGUGGCAGCGUGACCCCGGAGCAGAUUGUGUGCGCGCCCUCGCUGCCCAGCAGCCCCUCGAUGAGUCCGUCGCCCAAGCGACGUGCGAUCAGUCCGCGCAGCUCUGGCGCGGGCAGCGCUGCCUCGAUGUCGCCGCCAGCGUUGGCCGUGCCCCACCUGCUGGACAAUCUGCAGCCACUGCGCUCCAUGUUGCCCGGCGACUUUGCGCUAUCCGAAUCGCUGCUCGCCAAGACCAAUCCGGAGCUGGCGCUCAAGCUGGCUGCUGCCGCUGCAGCAGCUGUGGCGGGCAGCAGCAGCAGCGCCGAGCUGGCCAGCAAGCUGGGCUUCAGUCCAGUCCAGUCCGGCGCCGCCCCUGCCCCGGCUGUGGCCACUGUUGCAGCCAAUGCGCCCAACAGCCAGCCGCAGAUCUAUGUGAAGCAGGGCGUGUCCAAGUGCAAGGAGUGCAACAUAGUCUUCUGCAAGUACGAGAACUACUUGGCGCACAAGCAGCACUACUGCUCCGCCCGCAACCAGGACGCGGGCGUGGAUGGUGACUCCAAGAACGCAGUGACACCGCCUGCCGUAGCGGGCCCCGGCGUGCCUGCUGGCGCCUCAUCCUUGGAGACGACGCCCGUGGCCUAUCAGCAGCUGAUCUGCGCCGCCUGCGGCAUUAAGUACACCUCGCUGGACAAUCUGCGCGCGCACCAGAACUACUAUUGUCCCAAGGGCGGAGCGGCAGCCACGCCCGCGGAGGCAGCCACGCCACAGCUGCCGCUGCCCAAGGAGAAGUGCGUCAAGUGCAAGACACUGCACGAUCACGGUCAGCCAUGCCCGACGCCCCCAGCCACGCCCCAGCUGGCGCCGGCCAGUGCGGCUGUAGCGAACAGCGUGAACAAGUGCCCGGUGUGCGGCGUGGUCAGCCCCACCGCUGCGCUGGCCCGCAAGCACAUGGAAAUGCACGGCACGGUCAAGGCGUUCCGCUGCAGCAUCUGCCAGUACAAGGGCAACACGCUGCGCGGCAUGAGGACCCACAUACGCACCCACUUCGAUAAGAAGACCAGCGACGUCAACGAGGAGCACUACAUGACCUGCAUCUUCGAGGAGGAUGCGGCGGCAGCAGCUGCAGCGGCCGCCCCGCCACCCCCCGCCCUGGGCCUGGACCUGCCCGCCGUGACUGCGGCCCAGGAGCAGCUGGAACAGCAUGCGGCACAGAUCUUCAACUGCGAUCACUGCAACUAUGCCUCCACCUACAAGGGCAAUGUGCUGCGCCACAUGAAACUGCUGCACCCACACGUGGCAAUCAGCUCGCCCUCCAUCUCGCCCGAGUCCCGUGAGCAGGAUGCCAAUGCCCAUGCCCUGCCCGAGGCGGCGCUGGUGAAUGGCGAACGCGAGGCGGCCAGCUUCCACAUUAAGUCGGAGCCCUUGGAGCCAGCUGUGGCCACGCUGAGUCUGGUGCACGACAACAACAAUUCGCCCAUUGGCACGCCGCACACGCACAUCAAAGCCGAGCCACUGGACAUGGGCAUUGAGGUGACCCCAACCACACUGCCGCCACCCAUGGCCAAUUCGCCGCUGGGGCCGAGCGCUGCGGAGGCCAUGAAGAAAUACUGCUCCACCUGCGACAUAUCGUUCAACUAUGUGAAAACCUUUUUGGCGCACAAACAGUUCUACUGCAAGAGCAAGCUGCAUCGACCGGAGGCCACCGAUAGCCCCAGUCCGACGGUGGGCGUCGGUGGCGCCGCCAUGCCGCUGCAGUCGCCCAGCGAGCUGCUGUUGCUGCAAAAGAACAAGGAGAAUCUGCAGGAGGCGGCCAUUUGAGAGAGCCAGCUGAUGUGGGAGGUGCAGCGCAAGCAGCUGGAAUGGUACUACAAGUGCUUCUGAGCCAACCACACAAUCGUGCAUCCACAAAUAUCAACCACCCACACAACCACAAACAUCAACCACCAACAACACCACAACCACCGACACAGUAUCGAAAGUAUUUCCGGAGAAUCUCCAACUGUUUCCCCCUGCGAAAAUAGACAGAUCCUGAUUAAUAAUAUCCAGGCAAUAUAUAGAUAUACAUAAAGACAUAGAUGUAUAUAUGCGAAUAUAUAUAGAUAUAUAUAUAUAUAUAUAUUUGUGCUGUAGAAAUCAUGACAUAUAAUGCAUGCCAAAGCUUACCACUUAGAGAAGAAUUCACAAUUGAAGUGCAAGAAACUACAAGUUUUUCGAUAUCGAAAUAGAUCAUAGUGUAUCCAGGGAGUAUGCUCCUCGAACUACCCAAAAAAUGUAAGUGGAGUCUCUCCACGGUUGGGUUAAGCGGUAUAUAAUCCUAAUAGAUCCAAUAAUAUGCAUAUGCAAAUCCAAUAGCGUUCAAGCUUAAAUAACAAAUAAAACUGUGUAAUUUAAAU